AACUUGGCUAUAUAAAUGAGCGGUGAAACGUUUAUCAUCGCCAAACUUUCAGUGUACUUUCUAGUCUCUAACGUUGUCACCAACUUGUCGUCUGCUGCAGCCAUGCUUCGACUUCUCGUGCUAAGUGUCGUCUGCGCCGUAACGUUUGCUAACCCAGCAAUAAGAGAAAGGAGACAGACCAACAACUGUUUAGAUGCAUUCAAAAAUGUACCAAAUCCCUGUGUAAACAACCCACAGAGCCAAGUUUACUUCCCCCACCCAUCUGACAACUCUAAAUUCAUUCAGUGUGACAGAUAUGGACGAAUGUACAUCAUCCAGUGCCCAGAAAAUCUCGUCUAUAGUUCAACAACAAGCACAUGUCGUCAAAGCGGCGGGUCCAUCGUUACAUCGGGACCAACAGUUGCACCCGUACCAGGCACUCAGCCAAUAACCAAUACUGGCGAUAACCCUUGCACACCCGAAGCCCUCGCUGCAGGGAACAUCUACUUUGCUGUUAAAGGUGAUGAGACCAAGUUUAUUGAAUGUGACAUGUUGGGACAUCCUAACGUUCUCCCAUGCUCCUCUGGUCUUGUCUGGAACGAAAGCCGUCUUUCUUGCGUCUACAAAUUCCAAGGAUCAGGAUCAGGAUCUACCGGGACUGGCACCGGAACUGGAACUGUAACCGGAGGAACUGGUGGUACUACAGGAACCGGAACUGGUACCGGUGGCACUGGCACCGGAAACCUUGCAAACCCAUGCACACAGGAGACAAUCGCCGCCAACAAACUGUUCUUCCCUCACCCAGACUCCACAAAGUUCAUCCAAUGCGAUCUCUGGGGUGAUGUGUUCGUAGUCAGCUGCCCAGCCGGUCUUAUCUGGAACCAGUACUCCGAAACCUGCGCCUCUGCAUUUGUAAAUGUAGGAAAUGUAGGAAAAUAGACUAAUCUAAUCAAUAGUGUCUCUCUCUCAAUAAAAAAAUUGUGAUUCUCAAAAUGUAUAGCGUAUCUGUUCAGUUCAUGUAUACUGCGAUAUUUAUUUCAUACUAUAAAGGUAUUUUAUAUUCAUAGUGUUGUCAAAAUUGAUAUUUGUUCGGCAAUAAAAAUAUAUGUUUCACUAAA